CCUCCCUCCCAGCGUCGUACCAUCAGAAAAAGGAAGUCAUCGUGUCGACCGGUCGUGGAAAAGGCCACCGCGUGCCGAUUAGCAAAGUUCGCGAAACAUAAACGCCCGCCUAAAAUACGGUUGGCAAAGAGUUUGACCGUGGAAAGCAUCGGUUGAUGAUUAAAAUAAACCGUCGGAAUCAAAGUGAAAAUUAACCAAACCUCUGGGGAAGGUUGCACUCGGAAAUUCAUCCACACGAGUGAGCAUCCUCGGUGUCCCGGAUAAAACCUGCAACGAGCGAUCAACUGGUCCACACAGCCUUAGCCGAAGGGAGCUGGCAUUCCUUUGCAGAGCCAUUCAGCUUAGGAAAAUGAUUCAGAACACCUGGACAAUCCGGCAUUGGGAAAAGCACAUUGAGAUCCUUCGGGACGUACUCGUCGCCCAAGCAAACUGCGUCACGAGAUUUAGCAGCAAGCAUCCCCUUCGUUGGAUCUGUAGGUCCACUGACGUCGAUUAUCCGGUAAUAGGAUCAGGAAAGGGACUCGGUAAGCGAUGUAACGAGUGUCAAAAUGGCAGAAUCCUAAUUUCUUUGCCUCACAGAACACUAGAGCGUACGAAGGACGUGCUUAAGUGCCGACUAGCUCUGUUGGAACAACCCGACCAGCGAAACGAGCCUUACAAGGCUCUCUUUUUCUACAGCUUCGAUUGGCCUUCAGAGUCAUUCGGCGGAGGACUCUGGACUGCGACCAAUCCAUCAGCAAGGAACGAGCUGUCACACGAUCGAGAUUCAUCGACAGCGUAGAUCCCAAACAGGGCUGGGAUUCGCAACGGAGAGGCAGGUGGUCGUAGAUACCGGGGAUCCCGGUGGUAGAUGGGCCACUGGCCAGCCUCACCAUCACACAAGAGGGAGCAUGUUGGCCGAAGCGAAAGCGCUCGCCCACAAGCAGCAAUGAAGCGGUGACCGUGAGUACUCCGAAGAAAGUGGCAUAAAGUGAAAGAAGAGCUAGAAUGUUAGGGUUCAGAAGAGUAGGAGCAUGAGCCAGUUUAAGGAAAAGUAAAUAAAAUUUUUGCACACUAA